AUGCCACCAAAGCGUACAAUUGGCAGUGACAAGAAUAAUGUGGAAACAAUCAGUAUACAAAAUGUAAAGCGAGAUCAACAACUGGAGCCCACCAGACUCGAUCGUAAUAAGAUAAGAGGUAGUGUGAUGUUGGUAAAUAACCCAAAUGAUGAAAGAUAUGAUGUGGAGGAUGCGAGGCCUGUGCCCACACCGACGGGCGUCGAUACACCGCAGCUGCAGAUGGGAGAAGCCGUGCAGAUGCUGCACAACAAUCCAAAUGAUGAGAGGGUGCCAGUGAAUGAUGGAAUUAACAUCAAUACACCACGUGCAGAGAGUAAGGAGAGAAGUGAGUCUCCAAAGGGAUUUAUUGUGCGCAAAAUCCGAUAUGAGAGUAAGGAGAGUAGUCCGUUGCCAAGAGGAUUUAUUCUGAGAAAUGCCCCAUAUGAUGAGGCUAUUCCUCUCUCGGCGAAUGUUAGUUCUAUAGGAACACCUGUAGAUCUAUGA